AUGAGCAGCAGCAGCGUCCCCCAGCUGCUACUGACGGGGGAGCACGAGGCUGCCGACGGCACGGAGCUCUCCCUAAGAGAAGCCUUCGCCCUCCUCCGACCCCGCCUCCGGCCGCCCUUCCCCCUGCGGAGCCCCUCCUCCCCCGCCGAGUACCACCAGCUAAUCCUCGCCCUCGCCUACGGCGCCCUCUCCGAUCACCCCCGCGCCGCCCGCGCCCACCUCGUCCACCUCCAUGCCACCGUCUCCGACGGGUACUCCCUCUUCACCCGUACCCUCCUCCACCUCUCCCUCCACUCCUUCCCCAGGCUCCUCCCCUCGGCACGGGCCCGCCUCCUCUCCGUCACCUCCGAGCUCAUCGGCACUGCCGCCGUGGGGGUCGACCGCCUGGUCGUCUCCCUGCUCCGGUGGGUCCACAUCGGGGACUUCUCCCCUCCCAAUCUCUGGCUCGCGGAGCAGCUCCUGGGGGUCCUCACCCUCCGCUGGAGCUGGCUCCUGGAGGAGCCCUCCGUCCUCACCUCCGCCCUCUUCCUCUUCCUCCGCCUGCUCUCCGACCACUACAGGCUCGCCGCCGGUGACGGCAGGAUGGACUCCCUGAAGAGCGCCGAGGUGGGCUUCUGCGUCAGGGCCCUCCGGGAGCAGUUCCACCUCUGCGUCGCCAUCGGCAGAGACCUCGUGCGGCUCCUGCAGGACCUCGUCUCCGUCCCCGAGUUCCGCCGCUUGUGGGAAGACCUGUUGAUCCGCCCCUCCGACAUCUCCCGACUCUACCGGCGGAGCACGCCGGCGGAGUACCUCCUGAUGGGAAUUACGCCGGAGAUGGAGACGAGGAUGAGGUUCCUGCUGAGCCAAGUGAAGACGGGGAGCCGGCGGCGGUACCUGGAGUGGUUCGCCGGGAAGUUUCUUCGCCGGCCGGAGCAGGAGGCGGCGGCGGUGGACCUCGUGCGGUUCGUCUGCUGCGCGCACCACCCCCCCAACGAGGUUCUCCGCUCCGACGUGGUGCCGAGGUGGAUGAUGGUGGGGUGGCUGCUCACGGCCUGCCGGAAGAACUACUUCGCCGCCGGCGCCAAACUGGCGCUCUUCUACGACUGGCUCUUCUUCGACGAGGUCAACGACAGCAUCAUGAACAUCGAGCCGGCGAUCCUGCUAAUGGUCAACUCCGUGCCGGAGUACGUGGAGCUGACCCAGACACUGAUGGAGUUCCUGCUCCUGCUGGUGGACCACUACGAUGAGGGUCGAAGGGAUUUGAUUCUUCAGAGCGUUCGGAAGGCCUUCCGGGAGGUGGUGAGGAAGGGGGUAGUGCAGUCCCUGGAUGCCCUGUCCACCUGCAGCCUGAUCUCCCCGGCUCUCAGGGAGAGUUUCACCAGGCUCAUCCAUGGAUCCAACCCAGCUCAAGCUCAAGCCGUUGACUGA